UAGGCAUGUUCCCUUUAGCAUGCAUAAAAAUCCAUCACCUUCUAUCCCACCUGCCUCCCCUUUUCCAUUUCGACUCUUUUUUUCUCCUCGGAAUAUUUUCCUUGUUAGAUACUCUUUUAUUCUUUCUCUACUAUAUAUACACACCAAGACUUGACUUACUUCUUUAAUUUAAUUUACCUUAGUGCAUACCUCUCUCCUUCAACAAGUGUCAAAUAAGUGUACUAUAUAUAUAAACACUACAAUUAGCUAGGAGUCCAAUUAGAUAAUGAAGGAGUGUGGGAAGAAUAGUAGCUCACCAUGUGCAGCUUGCAAGUUAUUGAGAAGAAGAUGUGGUCAUGACUGUGUCUUUGCACCUUAUUUUCCUGCUGAUGAACCCCACAAGUUUGCUAAUGUUCAUAAGGUCUUUGGUGCUAGUAAUGUCAGCAAGAUGUUACAGGAAUUGCCAGAGCAAAAAAGAGGAGAUGCAGUGAGUAGCAUGGUGUAUGAAGCUAAUGCUAGAGUUAGAGAUCCAGUUUAUGGAUGUGUUGGAGCCAUUUCAUCUCUUCAACAACAAAUUGAUAUGCUAAGAACCCAAUUAGCUAUGGCCCAAGCUGAGGUGGUCCAAUUGAAGCUAAGACAAUCCACAAGCAUUACUAAUAGUCCACCAAAUAGUGGGUCUCCCAUUAUGGGCUCCCAGCCCAAAGGAUAUGCUCAUUUCCAUAUGGAUUUGGAUGUAGACCAGUCCAAUGGAUUCAGUGAGCCCAUGUGGCCAUAUUAGAUGAGUUUUGUCUAUUUAAAACUUCAAAAGAUUUCUUGUGUCCUUUUGCCUCUAUAUCUUUUUCUUAUAAGAGCAAAGGUGAUGACUAGGUGGUUGUUUGUGAGUGUGUUAGAAAUGAAAUCAAACCCUUCAUGGGGUGUUAGGCCUUUCGGCCAAAAAGAUUAUACUAUCAUCUUUGUUCUUGUGUAAAUAUGUAAUAGGAAAAUUUUCUUAAGGGGACAUUGGGCUUUUGUUCCAAGCUUGUUGGAAGAAAGUCCCUAUAUAUUUACAACUUAUGGUCCAUAAAACUUUAAGCUCUUAUUUAUUCA